AUAUUGUGUAUCUUAGGAUCCGAAACUUCUUCUGUGAAUCUUUUGAAACUAUCGUAGGAAAAAAAAAUGGCAACUCAACUAGGUUUGUUCCUCGGACUGAACAAAAGAAACGUUGUGACAAGACAACAAUUAGCUCCUCGUCCUAAUCCUCGCAAAGUGUCCAUUGUUGCUCAAUCUAGAGGGCUCCGCAUGGAAAGCGCCAACGCUGGCCCGGUGGUUCUGGUCACGGGAUGCUCUCAUGGCGGGAUUGGUCACGCGCUUGCGCGUGAGUUCGCUGAGAAUGGUUGUCGUGUGGUGGCGACGAGCAGAUCACGGAGUAAGAUGACGGAUCUUGAGCAGGAUCCGAGGUUGUUCGUGCAGGAGCUUGAUGUUCGGUCGGAACAGAGCGUGAACAAAGUUUUGUCGAAUGUUAUAGAUAAGUUCGGUCAAAUAGAUGUUCUUGUCAACAACGCAGGCAUUCAGUGCGUUGGUCCUCUUGCUGAGAUACCAAUCUCCGCCAUGGAAAACACAUUCGACACCAAUGUUUUCGGUACCCUGAGGAUGACGCAAGCUGUUGUACCUCACAUGGUGUGUAAGAAAAAGGGAAAGAUUGUCAACGUUGGAAGUGUUUCUGUGAUGUCACCAAGUCCAUGGGCAGGUGUCUACACAGGAACCAAAGCUGCUAUUCACGCUCUUACCGAUUCCCUCAGGUUGGAGCUAGAGCCCUUUGGCAUUGAUGUCAUCGAUGUCGUCCCAGGAGGAAUAAGAUCAAACUUAGCAAACUCAGCUGUAGCAGUCUUCAAGAAAAUGCCAGAGCUGAGACUAUACAAGCCUUACGAAGAAGCUAUCAUAGAGAGGGCCUUCUUUUUCCAGAGGAGGAAGCCAACUCCUACAGAAACAUUCGCCAAAGACACUGUUGCUGCUGUGCUAAAGAAGAACCCACCCGCUUGGUUCUCUUCAGGCAGAUACUCGACCUUCAUGGCAAUUAUGUACCAUAUGCCCAUUUGGUACAAAGAUUUUCUCCAGAAGAAGUCUUUAAUGAAGAAGGUUAAUCAUGUAAAAGCUUGUUCAGAGUCUGAUAAUGUCCUGCUUGAGUAGGGAUAGUUAUCACAUCAUGUUAGUCAUGUUCAUUUGCAUGUCGCAGCAACCUGCAACCUCAAUGUCAUCACGCAACAUUAAAAAAACAACAACCUGCUAAUAGUGGUAACAACGAACACAAAGAACACGGUAAGAAAAAGCCUGUGGUACAAAUAUUUAUAAGGGGAAAGGUGAACGUUUCUACAACACGAGGAAUAUUUUUUCCGCAUUAACUCGACCCAACAAUGUAUAAUCAAAACCAACAUAUCCGCAGAUAGAUAAGGGUCACAGCUAUCUAAAAGCUAUAUCGACUAACAUCACUUCUAACUUUUAAGAAUGGUGUGGAGCUCCAUAAUACAUUAUCCCCGGUGGCUGGAAAGUUGAACCUUGUUGAGUUUGUUGUUGUUGUUGAGAUGAGUUUGACUGAGGAAUCUGAGGCUGUUGAUUACUUAUCAUAUGUGGUGGUGGUGGAGGAGGCGGAAGUCCAGGUGGCAUUAACGGGAUGUUACCAAAGCCAUAAGGAUUGUUCAUUACCGGCUGUUUUAGAAACUGUGGUGGUGGUGGUGGUGCUGGAUUAGAGAUCAAAUGGUACUGACUUUGUGUUGCGGGUGUCUGGUUCUGGGGGUUGUUGUAAGGAGGGACAAAAGCAUUGGUGUCUGAAACCGGAACUGUGCUCUCUGAUUUGGAUAGACCAGAAGUCUUUGUUGCUUCAGCUGCGAAUGAAGAUAGAACAGAUUGCAUUAUCAUGUGUGAUGAGGUGGAUGCUGUGAGCAUCGCAGCUAUAGAAGCAGGCGUCAUUUUUGAUGCUUGACCAGACUUGGCGCCGUUGUUUUCAGUUGUCUCGGUUAUCGUGGUAGCAGAGACUGAGCCCGGAGCAGCAACGGUUGUUGGGUUUGAUACAUAGUCCUCAUCGUUGAGCCGUUUCUGCAUUUUUUGAGCUUCCUCUGUUUGUUCUUGUGCAACCUGAUAAUAACAAAGAAUAGUUCAUGAGCGUAAAGCUCAGGUGGAACACAAACGAGGUGAAAGAUUCAGUGGGAGAUCAUACACAUACCUGAAUCUGAGCUUCAAGAU